UCUGGACGAAGGCUGAAGGGACCAGAGCCUGACACUGUGGAUAAUUCAGUGAGUGGCUCUACUGAUAUGGCAAACCUAUUGUUUGCAUGUGUGGACAUCAUGUGAAUACUAAAAACUAUGGGAAAGACACACAACUCAUUUGAAUGAAUCUCCAUAUAGCAACAAAAGGAACUUACUUUUAACAUAUUUUUGUUCUAGAUAUGUGAAGAGCCAUCUGAGUUUAUAGAGGGGGAGAGACCUCGCCCUCAAGGAUCCUCCCCUGUAGAUGAAUACCCUGAGACUGACAAAUACAAGGACAUUGAUAAACAGGUACAAUGCUGUAUAUUUCAUCCAGCCAUCAUGUUGACUUGUUGUGUGAAUUUUGUCAGACCCUCUGAUUUCUUUAACAUUCAUUUUAGGGUGGAGGUGGGAGUGGCAAAAAAGGAAAGAGAGGUUUUGGAUCCCUGUUUGAAAAGCGCUCCCCUGCCAAGAUGAGUCAACUGGAGGUCAGACAAGUCUGCAUUAUCUUUAAAUCAUGGAGAAGCAUGGCUUCAGGUUUUCAUUGGUGGUACAUAACAUGUUGGUAUUUCAAAAUGUCUUCGUUUUUUUCCCCUUCUUUUUUUCCUGAAAACUCAGAGCCCAGAGUCGGGAGUGAUUGUGAAAAUGGCAAAAGAGACAUGUGCCGAGGGCCUCAUUGUGAGCGGAGGGAAGGAGGGAAUCUUCAUCAAGGAAGUGAGACCAGAGUCACCAGCCUCAAAGCUUCUUAGUGUGCAUGAGGGUAAGCAGACAACCAGCUCAUACCAUGUUCUUUCAGAAGCUGAACAAAAAAAGUAGCCUAUAGACCAAACAGUUAACCUGAAAGCAAAGGACAUAUCGGUGAAAUGUGGAGUGAAAUAGGUUAAAUGUGAAGUAAUGGAGCCAAGAUUGUUUUUGCUAUCCAGGGUAAGAGACGCCCACAUUUAUGGCUUUGAAUGAUCGUAUAUGCUAGAGUUCUACAGUUCAAAUGGUGAUUUAUUGGUCUUUCUAUGUCUUCCUUUUGUUCAUUCAGGUGAUCAGAUACUCAGUGCCACUGUGUAUUUUGAUGAUGUUACAUACGAAGAUGCCCUACAGAUAUUGGAACAUGCCCAGCCUUACAAGAUGGAGUUACUUCUGAAACGCAAACCAAUAAAGACAUCCACCCUUGAGAGUGAACCAGCCCUUGAAAUCAUCCAAGUAACUAUCACUAUGAUCUUUUUCUGGAUAUGUAGAGUAGUGUUAUGCCUUUAUCUCUUUUUCUCAUUAAGCAAUCAAUCAACAAUUCACUUUUUGUUAUCCUACAGGUGGAAGAAGGUUCCUCUCCGGAAAUGAGGGGACAUUCAAAGACAAAAAGGCAUGGUGACCGAAUCUCUUGGCCCAAGUUUCCCUCCUUCAGCAAAAGUCAAAAGUCCCAUUUUAAGAGGUCUCACAGUACCUCAGAGGCAGAUGAUAAGAGGAAGCUGGAGCUUAGCCCAACAACAAGUGACACAGAGUCGCCAAUCAAAUCUCAGGAGGCUGUCAAGGGCAAGACAAAGAAGCAUAAGAUAAAGUUAUCAAGCAUUAAGGGCCGCAAGAGCAUGUCUGUUGAACAGCCGGACCAGGACACAGACAUACUAACUGUAGAACGUGUGGAGGGUAUGGAAAACCAACAGAGUCAAGAUUACAUAUACUCACCGGAUGGUCCAGAGAGCGCAUCAGUAGAAACAUCUCAAGUAUAUGUGUUAGAAUCAGAAUCAGAAAAAAUUGAAUCCACCAAGAUAAGAAAUGAAUGCAUUCUUCCAGACCUGAUAGGCUCUGAAACCAAACAACACAAGGUAGAACUCAUUAGUCUGGACAAAACUUUGAAAACCACAGACAUAACAGUUGCUCUUGCUGAUCAAGAAAGUCCCUCAACCAAGAAAUCUCCAGAGAAAAAGAAGAAAGAGAAUAAAGAGAGGUCAGAACUAAAGUUUACAUUCAAGGGAAAUGAGAAAAAAGACAAACACAAGCAAGACAUACCUGUAAAAUCAUCCCUAAAAAGCCUUAAGACACCAAGAGCAGAUAUGAUAACAUCUGAUCUGUCUGGACAUGACAAUACAUUGCUGAGCCCAACUGUAGUAUCACAUACUGAGCUGGAGGAGUGUCAACUCCCAAUUGAUAUCAACACUCGAGUAAUCAGCAAUGAGAGUUCAGGGAAAACUCUACCCUCCACUGAUAUGGAAAUGAGCAUGCCAAAAGUAGACAUCUCCCUUGACAUGUCAGAUAUAGGACUUAUCAGGAAAUCCCCUCAGAUUGGACAAGAACAACACUUGAACGAAACAUAUGUUAAAACAGAUGUGAAUGCACAGGAAAUACAUGCUAAGGUCAUCAGUAUUACAAUGGAAACUGACUCGCAGAUGGAAAUACAAGCUUCAAAGUUACCUACAGAGAGAAGCAUUGAUGAUAUUUUAGCACAAAUUGGUACAAGAUCUGCUCCCAAGUUCAAACUGCCGAGGGUGGAUCUUGCUGACAUUGUUACUGACAAACCCAUAAGAAUGACAGACAUUAAGAUUGUAGAAAUGGACGUGAAAGGCCUUACAGUUGAGGAUAAGGGGUUGAAGAUACUUCCAAGCCGUGAGGAUAUUGAGAUCCCAGGCAUGGAAGAUGCAUCGUCAACUAGCACCAAGACCCCAGUGAUAAAACAGCCUAAAACAGCAUUCACGCUUCCUGUUGAAGAAAUCCAGACUGUACAGAUGGUUAUAGAUGUUGACAGAGUUAAAGAGGCUGUCUCCAAAUUGCCAGGGUUCAAGCUGCCGAAGGGUGACAUUGCAGGCCUGCCUGCUCAUCAAGAAAUCACAAUGACAGACGUGAAUGCAGAAAGAGUAAAUGUGACAGUAGAUGCCACCCUGUCUAAAAUCACAGACAUAAAGGCACAGUUGGACACGUAUGUCAAAAAGACUGACAUAAAUGCUUUACCAGAAAAGUUGAGCAGGAGCUCAGUUACCACAUUCAAAUUGCCAAA